AUGUUUGCCACGGGUGCAGAGCAGCUGACCCUGGCCCCGGGGCAGCUCAUCCUCAUCAGGAAGAAGAACCCGGGGGGCUGGUUGUCAUCAGAGGAAGACGUGGCCUGGAGGGAUGAAGCAGCCAGCUCCGCCCCGACUGCUCCUAGCCCUCCCUCCGUCCCUGCCCCACACGCCUGGCUCAACCGAGUGACUCAGGAAGAGGAGGAGAGGAAGAGGAGAGGGGUGGUGGUGGUGGAGGAAGAGGAGGAGGAGGAGGAGGAGGAGGAGGAGGGCCAGACAGGAGCAGGAUCAGCAAAAGAGAAGGAGGAGGAGGGGCGAGGCAAGAAGGACAUGCAGGAGAAACUGAGCAAGCUGUUCUGCCAGCCGGCCGACCCCUGGGCUUCAACAGUAGAGAAGGCUCCAGUACCCAGUCUCUUUGACCAGAAGGCUCCAGUCACCAGCUUUGACCAGCAUCAGCAGUCCGUGAAGGUGGUCUACUACAGGGCUCUAUAUCCGUUUGAUGCUCGCAGCCACGACGAGAUCAGCAUCGCCCCCGGAGACGUGAUCAUGGUGAAGGGGGAAUGGGUGGAUGAAUCCCAGACGGGUGAACCCGGUUGGCUGGGGGGAGAGUUGAGGGGCCGGACCGGCUGGUUCCCGGCUAAUUACGCCGAACGGAUAGCCGACAGUGAAGCGCCGAUUAGUCUGCGGGCGACGGCCUCGGCCACGCCCCCGUCAGCCAAGCAGCCGUUGUCCACGCCUCCACCCGCACCUGGACAAACCUCCUCCUCCUCCACGUCCUCCAACGCCAACAGCAACAGCAACUGGGCGGACUUCAGCACCACGUGGCCCACCAACCCGGCCAGCCAAUCAGACAGCGAGGGAUGGGACGCGUGGCCGACCUCUUCAGCCAGUCAGAACCCUUCGCUCAGUGUUCCCUCGGCGCAGCUACGGCAACGCUCCGCCUUCACACCCGCUACCCUGACGACGGGCUCCUCCCCUUCACCUGUGCUGGGACAGGGGGAGAAGGUGGAGGGUCUUCAGGCUCAGGCCUUGUAUCCCUGGAGAGCGAAGAAGGACAACCACCUCAACUUCAACAAAAACGAGAUUAUAACCGUGUUGGAGCAGCAGGACAUGUGGUGGCUUGGGGAACUGCAGACCGGACAGAGAGGCUGGUUCCCCAAAAGUUACGUCAAGCUGAUCUCCGCCACCAUGACGCACCCCCCGGGUGCCACAGCACGCAGCAAAAACACUAGUGAGUCCGGACUAUCGGACAGCCCCCCCAAUGGAAAGCGUCCCUCCCCGUCCCCAACGAAACCCUCCGAGUCUGGAGAAGAGUACGUGGCCAUGUACACCUACGACAGCAACGAGCAGGGCGACCUGAGUUUCCAGCAAGGGGACGUCGUCGCGGUCACCAGGAAAGAAGGGGACUGGUGGACGGGCAUGGUCGGGGGCAAGACUGGAGUCUUCCCUUCGAAUUACGUCAAACCACGAGACUCGGCAUCAGAGUCUUUCGGACCAGCGGGGAAGACCGGCAGCCUGGGAAAGAAACCAGGUGAGCUUUCAGGAAGGAACCGCGGUGAGGAGGGAGUGGGGUUGCUACGGGUUUCCAUCGACGACAACAACAAACAACAAACGACAACAAUACAGCAGCAGUAUGUAUUAGACUCCCAGCAGUGGUUGGGGAGGCUAAUUCCUGAUAAACAGAGUCUCAACGACCAGCUGAAACAGGUUCAACAGAACAGUCUGCAUCGUGAUAGUCUGUCGUCCCUGCAAAAGGCCGUGGAGCAGAAGGAGACCAGCAGACAGCAGCUCAGAGACCAGCUGGAUGCUGUGGAGAGGGAGACCAGGGCCAAACUGCUGGAAAUAGACGCCUUCAACACCCAGCUGAAGUCUCUGUGUGAGUUCUAUGCCAACCACUGUGCCAGGAUAGAGGCCCUGCGACGCCAGCUUCACCGGGAACAGAGAGGGAGACAGGUAGAGCACACUGCCACUGCUGGACUGGGGUGGUACUGCAGCCGGGAUGUCCUCCGUAAUAUCAGCUGCGGUGUGUGUGUUUCAGGGUGCGCUGACCUCCACCUGCUGGACAUGCUGAGUCCCAUGGAGAGGAAGAGGCAGGGCUACAUCCACGAGCUCAUCGUCACCGAGGAGAACUACGUCAAUGACCUGCAGCUCGUCACGGAGAUCUUCCACAAACCCUUGUUGGAUUGCGAGCUGCUGACGGAUAAGGAAGUAGCCAUGAUCUUCGUCAACUGGAAGGAGCUCAUCAUGUGUAACAUCAAACUGCUCAAUAAAGACAGUAGUACUAGUACCAGUAGUACACUCUCAGGCACCCUGGGAACCAGUAGUACCAGUAGAUUUGGGAUGAGUUUUCUGAUGGUGUCUCUGUCUCCUUAUCAGAGGUUAGCCAUGGAUCCCCGGUGUAAGGGGAUGCCUCUGUCCAGCUUCCUGCUCAAACCCAUGCAGAGAGUCACCCGCUACCCGCUCAUAAUCAAGAACAUCUUAGAAAAUACUCCAGAGUCCCAUCCGGACAACAGCCAUCUGAAAGCUGCCCUGGAGAAAGCAGAGGAGCUGUGCUCACAGGUGAAUGAGGGCGUCCGGGAGAAGGAAAACUCAGAUCGUCUGGAGUGGAUUCAGGCUCACGUCCAGUGUGAAGGCCUGUCUGAACCAAUCUUCCUGAACGAAGUGUUAGUGAAGCUGCCAACGGACCCGUCAGGAGACGAGCCUCUGUUCCACAUCUCUCACAUAGACCGGGUGUACACACUCAGGGCCGAAAGUAUCAAUGAAAGGACGGCGUGGGUUCAGAAAAUUAAAGCAGCUUCAGAACUCUUCAUUGAGACGGAGAAGAAGAAGAGAGAGAAGGCGUAUCUAGGUGUCUCUCUUAAUCUUUCCUUUUUCUCUCUCUCCUCUAUGAAGGACACAUUGAAUCCAAAGUGGAACUCCAAUUGUCAGUUUUUUAUAAAGGACCUGGAACAGGACGUCCUCUGUGUCACUGUGUUCGAACGAGACCAGUUCUCACCUGACGACUUCCUGGGCAGGACGGAGAUCCGGUUGGCUGAAAUCAAGAAGGACCAGGGCUCUAAAGGACCAAUCACGAAGCGGUUGCUGCUCCACGAGGUUCCCACGGGAGAGAUCGUCGUCAGGCUAGACCUGCAGCUGUUUGAAGAACCAUAAAAAUUAAAAAACAAAA